ACCAAAGAAGAAGAAGAAGAAAAUCCUGUCAUCGUGUGUGACGUUACGUGAUUACGUCACGGAUCCGGAAGGGCAGUUUCUGACGGAGCAGCAGAACCUAACAGCAGAACCUAACAGCAGAACCUAACAGCAGAACAUCCAGGUACAGCAGAACCCAGCAGCCAAAGCUCAACAUCUGAGGCACCAGCACACUCCUGCAGACAUGUCCUACGGUAAAGCAGAGAGCUCCCGCCCGGUCCCCCGGGACUUCAACGCCCUCAUACAGACAUGUAGCUCCAACAUCCAGAAGAUCACACAGAACACUGCUCAGAUCAAGAGCAUGGUGAACCAGCUGGGGACCAGUCAGGACACCAGUCAGCUCCAGGAUCGUCUGCAGCAGAUACAACAUUAUACCAACCAACUGGCCAAAGAAACCAACAAGCACCUGAAAGAGUUGGGCACAAUCCCUUUGCCCACGUCACCCUCAGAGCAAAGGCAGCAGAAGAUCCAGAGGGACCGGCUGAUGAAUGACUUCUCAGCAGCUCUCAACAACUUCCAAGCGAUCCAGCGGCGUGCAGCAGAGAAGGAGAAGGAGUCGGUCGCCAGGGCGAGAGCCGGAUCCCGCUUAUCAAAUGAAGACGCCUCUCGGGAUGAAAAGCUUGUUUCUUUCGAUAACCAAGAGGACUGGGGUCAGAUGACCACCCAGGCAGAGGAGGUGGCCAUCACAGAGGAGGACCUGGAGCUCAUCAAGGAGAGAGAAACCAACAUCAGACAGCUGGAGUCUGACAUUCUGGAUGUGAACCAGAUCUUCAAGGACCUGGCGGUGAUGAUUCACGAUCAGGGAGAGAUGAUCGAUAGCAUCGAGGCCAAUGUGGAGAACGCUGAAGUUCACGUAGAACGAGGAACAGAGCAGCUCCAGAGAGCCGCCUACUACCAGCAAAAGUCCCGGAAGAAGAUGUGCAUCCUCGCUAUGGUUUGUUCCAUUGUGCUCACCAUACUCGGCAUCAUUAUCUGGCAAGCUGCCAAGUGAGCUGACUCCGCACCACCGAUGUGUCACUACUAUAUUUUACUCUGCCCUUCCCACCUGCCGGUACCUACUUUGAAUCACGAGAAGAACGAGAAGAGGCUGAUGACGUCACCGAGGUUAGAUCUAUGCAGAGGGACGGUGGAUGUGGAAAACAAACUCCUCUGAACUGAUUGAGUCUGUUUUUGUAAAAUUGUUGAGAACCAUUCUAUUUAAACUGAAAUGAAGGACUGAGGUGAUGUAGGGGAGUGAUAAUUCCUGUUUUCGUCUUAUUUACUGCACUAACACUAGCUGUCACUGUAUUUCAAAAUGAAAAAAUGUUAUUGGGAUGAUCAUUUCAGAGCAGGCAAAAUGGAAAAAAAGAAGCACACAACUUGUUAAAGUGAAUUAAUCUGUGGUUUUUAAGGGGCUGUAAUUAUUCUGUUGUUACGUUGUGUGAGAGCCUGGCCGUCCCAGUAACAUGACCUGGGACUUGUUUGACUCCUGGUGGCGGCAGCAGCCGUGGUUGUAAUAUACAUGUUGUAAAAUGAACGCUCUAACUAACAGAUAACCCGUAUGAAUCCAGUCUAUGUCUGUAAAUAUUAUAUUCUGCUCAGAACAUGAUGGCAGUAUCUCCAAAAUGAAAGUCUACGGUCUUCAAACAAAACAUUUUUAAGUUGAUUUCUAUGACUCUUGACAGUAUGCAUAAUAAAUGUCUUAAAACACUUUG